AGCCAUUGAAAUGUAUACUAAGAGAAUAAAGUGGUUGCUUCAGGGAAGCAAGAGGAUGUUUGGCCACCUAGCAGGAAAAAAAGUGGCCGUUUGCAUAGAUGUAUCUGAUGCCAGUUUGAAUUUGGGAAGACAGUCUGCUUUUCAGGAAUCUCUUCUUCAUUUGAUUCAUGAACAGCUGAGUGCUAUGUCAAGUAUUUAUGUGAUGGGUUUUGGGACGGAUGUGCACCCUCUAUGGCCUACAGCACAAGAUGUUAACUAUCAGACAUUGGAAGAAGCUAAAGUCUUUGUGAUGAACCUCAGCAGCAGCGGUGGCACCAAUCUUCUCAAAGCAAUCAAGCAUGUGAUGAAACUAUCAGACCUGGACACAGUGGUUCUGAUUUUAGGCAGUUUACCAGACCAGCCCGCAGACAUCCUGCAAGAUUUCAUUUGUCAGAUUACUGUGGGGCAUGGUGCAUUGAUUCAUGCUGUUGCUUAUGACUGUAGCAACAACAAUACCAAUAUGACAUUGAAAAAACUGGCUGAAUCAUCUGGAGGAAGAUACCACUGCUACGCUGCCAGUAAUGAGGAGCAGAUCUAUACAAGUACUGACAUAAGCAGACUUUUGUCGGAGAUCAGGGAGGCACAGGACAUCAUUAACAAGAUCCACGAGAUGAAACAAGGAUUGAUAGGCAACGCCAUAAUAAGCAUCAUGAAUGAGAUAACAACAGAGGUGUCAAAAUUGCCCCAGGCUCGCUUUUUACCACGUCCCCCAGGUCAUGACCUGCCACUCAAAAUCGAAACACCAAAAUUUCAUGCAAGCACAUCUCAAGAGUGGCUGCAAAAUCGAGGCCUUAAAGCAAAGCAACUGAACCUGUAUCAAGUUUUGGCCCCAAACGCUUACUCAUACAGAGAGGACUUUGUUCCAGUUAUCAAAAAAGCUGUGCAGUCUCAGGUGCAUGAGAGGGCAAUGAUCCAGUUUCCCUGGUCUGACGGCUCAGUGAAAAACCUCCAUGUUGAUAUGGCCCAGUUAUUUGAAUAUCAGAAGCAGUUGAGUGAUGCUGUAGUUUUGUAUGAGAAAAGACUCGAUUGGCUGGCAUCAGGAAGUCGUAGAAUAUUUGGAGCUGUCACAGAGCGCAGUGUGGUGAUACUUGUGGAUACCUCCAUGAGCAAUAUCAACUACCUGAUCCACAUCCAGCACUCCCUGAGACUUCUGAUUCAAGAGCAGAUAGCCAACAAGGAUUUUUUCAACAUAAUAGCAUUUGGCAGCACAGCAAGACAGUGGAUGCCAACUUUGGUUCGGCCAACUCCAGAGCAUCUGCAGAAAGCAUGGAAAUGGGUUCUGGAACUUCAGUGCAGUGGAAGCCGGAACUUUCUUUCAGCAUAUAGGCUUGCUGUGGAAAAUGAUGAGGAGAUUAAACAUCACAUUUAUGUACAGGGUGUAUACUUGUUCACCAGUGGGAUCCCAGACCAGUUUCCUGAUGUUAUCAACAAUUACAUUGAGGAAUCCACUUCAGGCCAUGAUGUUCACCUCCACACUAUUUUAUUCAAUGUGGAUGACUAUGACGCCCACGGUGCCAUCCCAGGGCGGUAUGCUAACAUCACAAACACAGCGGAGUGCUUGAGAAACAUGGCACACAUCAGCGGGGGCAGGUUCCACUGGUUUAGAGAGACAGGUAUCAUAGAGAGUGAUGACAUCCAGCUAAUCAGUGCUGAGAUUGACAAGAGCUUGAACUUUUCUAACAAGUGUGCAGUCCUUGUUGAGUCUGUCAAGAAGAAAUACAGAGACAGAUUUAUCAACCAUCCUGAGAUGAAAGCCUUGCAGAGCAGAUCUUCAACAAGACAUCUCAACUGCUUACCACAGACUGAAGUUUCAAAACCAUUCAAAGCUCUACCACUUCCAGAGACACAUGCAGACUCUGCACCAAAAUAUAUUUCUUUUGGCAGCUCCAGUAAACAGAGUGAGGAAAUGCCAAAGAAGAAACCUCAGAAAGAAAUCCUGGGCCGAACCACAAGUGCACUUGAAAAAUCCAAACUGGGCUUUGAGGAGUCAGCACACACGUCCUUGAAACUUCGCUACAGAACAUCGUCAGCUAGAGACCCCAUGCAGAAAGUUCAUAGCACCUUUGGUAGAGUAUCUACUCAACAUUUCUUUCUAGAUGACAGAAAACAUGGCGUCGGUAGUGUUUUGAAGUAUGCAAGGCAGAAAUCAGUGAGAAAAGAAAUUCCACACAUAAAUUUGCCAGAACAGGAGGAUCAAGUGACUACAAAAGAGUGGAUGCGGGUGUACAGCCUCAGAAAACUCAAGCUGGACCUGAACAAAAUGAUGUCUAGCCCUGACUGUAAGCACGAGGAGAAGAAUGUGAAGAUUCUUCAUAAAAACGUUACAGCCAAAGUGUACCCCGAUGUCUUCCCGACUGUCAACGUCAAAGGCACCAUGAAGUACAUGCAGCUGUUGCCUCAUGAGCUUAAUGAGUACGAAGUUCAGUUAGAAAAGGUCCUCACUAGAUACUUGAAACGGUUUCAGUGGCUCUUAAGUGGUAGUCGCAGAGUGUUUGGAACCAUUGUUCACAAACAUGUUGCCAUUUUGAUAGACACUUCAGGGUCCAUGGAAACCUACAUGGAUGAACUGAAAAGAGAAUUGGCAUCUCUUGUGUGGGAACAGUUACAUCAGCAGAAUAUUAGGUUCAACUUGAUCAGUUUUUCUGGAUCUUGUUCUGUCUGGAAAGAUGCCAUCCAGACACCAUCAGAAGCAAACUGCCACGACGCAAUCAGAUGGAUCUUCCACAUGCAGGCUGGAGGAAAUACCUGUACACUAGAUGCUCUACGGUUAACAUUCAGUGACCCUGACAUUGACGCCAUCUACUUGCUGACAGAUGGUAAACCAGACACAAGUACUGCGCUGGUUCUACGGGAGGUGGCUAAGAUGAAUGAGAACAGAAAUGUGACUGUCAACACUAUCUCAAUCAACUGUACAGACAGCACUGCAAACAAUUUCCUGAAACUGCUGGCCAGCGAGACAGGAGGACGUUACCAUCGAAUCCAGACAGACUUUGAUGCUCAAGUUUUUGUACACAAACUUCUGUCUGAAGGUUUCAAUGAUUGUGAGUAUCCACACCUACCCACAUUUGAAGGGGAUGACCUGCGCAGGUUAGGCACAGAAAUCUACCUAGCCCGCAGGUUUCUGCAGCAGGCAAAGACUUACAAAGCUCUAUAUAAAGCAAAGGCAGCUCAAAAUACAGAAAAACCAAACACAUCUAGAGGCGCCAUGCCAUUUGUUGUUGGAAGACCAAGGCCAGUACCACUUGUCUGUUCUUGA